AUGUCGGGUAUAUCAAAUAAUGAGAAAAGAAAGCCCUCAAAAGAUAAUAAGGAGAAAGAAAGUCUGAGUGUAACACCAUUUCUUGAUAAGGCAAAGGAGGAGCUUUACGGACAAAAGGCUAUAAUUUCCGAACCAUUUGAUAAUACCCUUUAUUAUAGAAACCCCGAAUAUUGGUCAACUCUAGCUAGAAGAGCAAAUAUACAUCUCACAGAGUUCGAAGAGGACUCCGGUAGCGCAGGAACCUUAAGUUUAGUUACAAAUGACAAUCACGCUGAUGGAAAUAUUAUCAAGAGUUCAGGAAAUAAUGACUCGAAGAACAGAAAUGUGGUCAUCAAUGGAAGUGGCGUAUCUUCCAGCGAUUUUCAAUGGUACGAAAAAUUGAAAGAGAGGUAUAACAAUUAUGUGAGCUCCUCAAAAAAAGAAGAGAAAGAGUUUUAUGAAAAUUUGGAUAAGGAAUACAGGGUGGAAAGAGAAAAAAUGCUUGUGAUUAAGGAAGACGAAACUAAAAUGAAGAAGCUCUCGCAGUUCAUAAAACAGCUCAGGCUUGGAAAAGUCUUAUCUGAAGGUGCAAACAGACAUAAGAGUGAAUCUGUUAAAGAAGAAGACAUUCCUCAGACCGAUGCAGAAUCUUUAGCGCAAGGUAUUGAUGAGGGAGAAAUAAGUAAAGCCGUCGGGGAGGAAAAGAAAGAUCAGCAAUAUUCAGAGAUCGUGAAUAUUCAUUCUUCUAGUGAGGAAGAAAACAUGUCAGAUAUAAACCAGACUGAUGAUGAACAAGAUGAUGGAACUUACAGCAAUGAUAAAGAAGAUAACGUAGCUGAUGCUACAUCAGUGAAUACACCAUCAGAAGAGGAAUCAGACGAACUUAAUAAUAGUGGUAAUUGCAGCGAAGGUGGCAACAGAAAUUAUGCAUACUCCGAACAAGAGGAUAACUCGGAAAAUAAGACUGAAUCAGGAGAACCUAGUAGAGAAGAUUCCGAAGAAGAAGAUUUCGAGUACUUACAGAAUGAGGAAUCUUGGCCACCAAGAAUCUCUGUUGUUCCCCAUGAGGAAGUUGACGAACAACAUGAAUCUAGGGGCUCCAGUAACUGCCCGGUAAGCGGAACAUCUGAGGAAUCACGGAUAUCUGAUAUAGAUGUAUCCAUAUCCGAAUCUGAAGCAGAUAUCGGAAAUUCAUCGGAUCAAGCUAAUAAUGAUGAAGGCUCAUCCGAAGAAAGUACAAGAAACUCGGUAGUGGAUUCUGGAAUAGCAACAGAGCGAGCAUAUGAAAUACAAUUGGAAGAACACUCUAAUGAAUCUGACGGAUCUUUAGGAGAAAGCACUUCUUAUGGUUCGGAAGUAGCAGAUGUUAACGGAAAUACCAUGGACAAUGCAAUAGCAAUUGAUAGUGAAGACGAAUCAGAUAGUGUUGAACAGGAGGAAAAUGAAAACUUUAAUGAGAAUCCAAAAACAAAUAUUCAGCCGGAAAUAAACUCCACAUUCACAGAUAAUAAUUACGCAGAUAUUAUUGAAAAUGCCAAUUCAACGGGCGACGCUUCAACCGAAAGUUAUUGGAUGCAUAUUGCAAGGUUGACGCAAGAAAGCGAAAAUGUUCCGGAAAUCGAUGAUGUGCAUCGUAGAUAUGCACCAGAAGAGUCAGAAAACUAUGAUGAUGAUGUGAUUAACAGCGAUGAAUCAGAAGCCGAUAAAACAGGCUAUAUACACGUUGCACCCUCCGAUUCGGAAUCGGAGUCCGAAAAGGAUACAACACAGCGGAAUUUAUUGAACGAAAACCAGAAAGUUGAUGCUAAUGCUACAUUUGAGUCUAGUUCAUUAGAUCCCCAACUUUUUGAAACUGCUGUUGAAGAUAUAAACACACAUUUGAUUGAUAACAGUACGACAGAGCAAAAUGCAAACUUGGGUGAUGAAUUUGAGUCUGGGCAAAAGCACCCCGAUUUUGAAAAGUUGAUAAUACCAGAAAAUACAAAAGAUAAGGUUUCUCGUACCUUGGAUAACCAAACGGCUAUUGAGUCGCAAAAAACUGCGUCUGGUGCAUCUGUAAAAUCAGUGGCGAUUGGAGACAAUGAUAAGCCAAGCACUCCAGAGUACGUUCCUCCUCCUCUGAAAAUACCAACACCACAGCCUGCGAAGCUUAAUCCAUCCCUAUUAGAUUUGCUCGACCAAUCAAUAACUAUUCACAAUAAAAACUCUGCUGGAAGCGUAACUGAAAAUGAUGAAGAUGUUAUAGUGGAUGAAGGAACCGGCAAAGAAUCAUCAACACGUGACACGAAUGUUACAUUGUUACCCAGAAAAAUAUGGGAAGACAAGGCUAUUUCACCGAAUAAUGCAGAUUCUCAUAUGGAAGAAAAUGACACCGUAGAGCAAACUUCUGAGAUUCUAUACAAGGAUGAAGUAGCAAAAGCUCCUGUGUCAAAUGAUCGGAAGGAUCUUGUUGGAAGAGAGAAACAUGGAAAAGAGUCAGAUGCUUUAGGAAAUCCCAACAAUCUAGAAAAUCAUGAAAAUACUAGUGAGGGAAGCAUUGGUGCAUUAUCCGAAUCAUCAAUGAUCAUGUCAAGAACUGAAGAAGAAGACGACACAGCUUACGUCACCGCUCUCUAUAACGAAACAUUAGCAACGGACUCGCCCGAGGUGAUACCUGCGAACCGCACAGUUUACAUAUCUAACGACAGCAGCGAUAAUGGGGAGAACGAUACUUCAGAUGCAUCAGCAAAUGAAUCCUUGAUAAGGGAGGAGGAGUCUGAGAAAAGUUCAGUGGUUAAAGAAUUACAAUCUACUUCUUUGAGUAACGAAGAGUCCGAAAAUGGUCAAGAAAUCGUGCCUGAUGUUGAAAAGGAUGCUGACGAGGCAAAUGUGGACCAGAUAGGUAAUACGUCAGGGAGGUUGGAGGAAAAAGUUGAGAGUAACGAACUUCACACUAGCGAAGCAAAGAAAAGAAGCUUAGAGAAUGAAAAUGAUGAGGAGGAAGAAGAUUCUUCACUGGGCAUCAAAAUAAGGCGUAUUUUAUCUUUUGGAUGGCUGAAGAGUGGAAGUAAAUUGAAGAAAUUGAAGACAGUGGAUCAAAUAGUUGAUGGGGAUUCCGCUCUAUAUGAUAAGUUUAGUGAACAAUCCAAGAAAACUCUAGCUGCUCAAUUGGAUAACAGAGACUCCGGGAGUGAUGGGCAGAAAUCUAUCUCGAAUAGCACCGAAAAGCCCACCGCAAUGAAAUUAAUUCAUGCUGCUGAAUCAUUUGCAAAUGAUGCAAUAAUGUCAUCAAGUUCUCUAGAUUUAUUGGCCGGGAACGAUGAUGCAAAUUCAGUUCACAAAUCAGCAGGUACUGAAUCAGUGAAAUCUGGAGAAGGAAGCAUUUCUGAGGCAUCUGCUGAUAUAAACAUUGCAAAUGCUGGCAAAAUUUCUGGGACAAUUAAAGAUGAAAGCAUUAAGGGCGAUUUGGGAGAUGAGGCUGCAUCCUCUGAGCUAAAUGAUAUCAAUGAUAACCAUUCAAGUGACGAAUCCAAUACGAAACUAGGGUCACAGCCUGCACUUAAUUCUCAAAAAAUGGAGAUGAACAGUGUGGUUGCCGCUGAUACGUCAUUCACUGAUGAGGAUAAAAAUGUGAAAGGGGAAUCCAUAGAUGUGCUCUCUGAUAAUACAGAUGAUGUUGCUGUCGAUGGAGACAUAAAUAAAGCAGGAAGGGAAGAGGCUGAAAAUAGUUUUCGGAAGGAGACUAAAAUACAGGAAUCUUUGAAAUCGGCGGCAUCACAAAUACAGUCUGCAUGGAAAGGAAUUAAGAAUUUUGUGUCUACAUCAGAUGAAUUAACAGGUGGGGAUGAAAUACAAAUAAACAGAGAAGAAGACAUAGAAACACAUAGAGAAGAGCCUGAACCUGAGGAAGCAGAGAUUGUUGAAAAAGAAUCAAAGAAAACGGUAGAAAAAGAAAACGUGCAGGAUAUAAUGGAAACAAAUGACAUAUCUAACGAAACGGCAGUUGCGUGGGCAAACAAUGAUGGCCACAAUGAUGAAGAUAAUGAAAAGGAAACAUUAAAUAAUGGCGACGAUGAUAGUAAAGUGACACAUGAUAGUUCAACCUUAGACAAUCCACUAAAUGAAGAUGAUGAUACGGUAAUCAAGAAUAAUAUUGAAACCCAUGUCAGUACAGAGAAUCAGGGGAAAUUAUCAAACAAAGUAUCCGGCGUUGAAAGCUUUAAAGGUGAGAGUGAUGAAACUGGUAAAGUGAAGCUCACUGAUACGCAGGAAGAAAAUAAUGGAGAAGAAGAUGUUCCAACUUUAGAAGUCAGAAGUCAUGAAUUAGAAAGAGCAGAUGAAAAGUAUGGCAAAGAAAUUGUUAUUUCUAAUGGUUCGGAAACAAAAAAUGAAACCACUGUCAACAAAGACCAUGUGACAAACUUUGAAAAGAUGAAACAAGGAGGGCUAUUGUCGAAGAUUCGAACGAUACUUUCCAAAGGACCAUCUAACAAUGGAGGGGCUGUUGAAACGUCAUCAAAUCCACAGGACUCUAGUGAUUUUCUCAAAUUGAAAGUAGACGAGGAUCUGGAUGAUAACGAGAUCCUGGCAAAAUCAGCUCCGGAUUUACUUGACUCUAAAGAGCAACCUUUAAAUGAUAUCGAGACAAUUGUGGUUCAACCUGAGAGUACGAAGACAGAUCAAACGGACAAAAUUUCUGGUAAAGAUGCUGUUGAGACCAUCGAGGUGAAACCCGAGAACAAAAUCCCGACGCCUUCAAUUAUAGACGAGGAGGUUCCUCAAACAAUUGUUGUCCAUCCAGAGAAAAAUCUUGAGACAAAUUUAAAGGAAGAAUUUCAGUCUGAUUCUUCAAGGAUCCAAAUUGUCCCUUCUUUACCCCCUGCAUCAAACUCUGACAUUGAAGAGAACCAAGAAAUUAGGGUCCGGAAGAGAGGAAGAUCUGUUGGGAGGGAUUCAAGUGUUGAAAGUUCCGAGAAUAAACAAAGACGCUUAUCGGAUGGUCGAACUGAUAGUGUUAGUCGCAGAACAAGAUCCCGAUCAAAAUCACCAAGAAGGCGCGAUCUUGCCUAUCGCGGACCUUCUAUUAGGCGGGCCAGUGGUGGAAGUGGAAUAUCGACAAGAAGUGGAAGGGUUUUAUCAUACGACUCUGCUCAAAUUGAAACUAACGAUCCAUCUGAAGGUGCGACAUUGACACCAAAACAAGAAGCGGAGUUGCCUCGUGGAAUUAGGAAUCUAGUCGAGGAGGCUGAAUAUUUUAUAGAAGAAGAUUCAGGGAAGGAAGAUGCCAAGACCUCAAAAUCAAUCCCGGAACUUUCAAAGGAUGCCAUAGAUACUGCUAAAACAUCUGAUAGUGAAAAUUUAAAACCUCACCUUGACUUUAAGGGUUCUUAUUUGGUGAAACAAAAGGAGGAUGAUGAAGAGCGCAUAACUACAGACGAUGAUCAUAAUAAGUCGAAAACAGAUGCGGAGGAAAACAUUGAUACUUCAAUUGCAGCGAGACUUAAGUCAAAUAGAUUACUUAGGGGAAGAGCCAGCAAGGCUGCUAUGGCGACGAGAGCCAAUCACUUAAAGCAAAGCUCCUCUAUAACUUCGGAAAAUGUUGGCGAUACAGAACGACGUCACAGAAUUUCCUUUAAGAAUGUGGUUAGAAAAAGAAGAACGAGAAUAAGAAAGAGAAGGACAAGAGCAAAAGGUAGGAAUGUCAGAAGAAGGAAGUUAUGA